AUGUACGAAGGCGCCCCCCGGCGCUCUGAGGGCCGGGAUGCGGACCCGGGGAAAGUGGAGUCGUGGUCCUCGAAGUCCCUGAAGUUCCCGAAAACACGCCCCUAUCUGAAGCUAUUUCCAAGGGCCUUGAUAAGAUUCGGCGGUUUCCGAAAAAGGAAAAAAGUCCAGCCCUCCGAUUCCGGAGAAGUGGACAACAGUUUGGAGCAGCCCUGUGGUGUGGGCUGCGUAGCCAGCCCCUGCUGUGAGUGUUGUAAUAACAUUCGCUGCUUCAUGGUUUUCCACUGCAUCCUGGUCAUCUGUCAAGGUGUGAUUUUUGGUCUUAUAGAUGUCAGCAUUGGCGAUUUUCAGGGGCAAUAUUAUGUGAAAACCAUUGAAAAUUUGGCAUUGGAAUUCAGUUAUGAUAUUUCAUCUGCCCUGGUAGCAAUAUUUAUAGCAUUCUAUGGAGACAGAAAAAAAGUAAUAUGCUUUGUAGUUUCCUCCUUUUUAGUAGGACUUGGAUCACUUUUAUGUGCUUUUCCAUCAUUUACUGAAGAAAGUUAUCAAAGUAAGGUAGCAAUUGAAGAUAUUUGCAAAGAAACAAAGGUUUUCAGUGGUUGCCAGAGGCGUGCAUCGUUCCAAUCAAAAUACUUGUCUUUCUUCACCCUUGGGCAGACUGUGCAAGGAAUAGCAGCAAUGCCUCUUUACAUCCUUGGAAUAACCUUUAUUGAAGAAAGUGUUGCUACACACUCAGCUGGUAUCUAUUUAGGUAUUGCAGAAUGUUCAGAAAUCAUUGGAUAUGCUAUGGGUUAUGUGAUAGGAGCACCACUAGUUAAGGUCCGUGACCAAAGCACUGCUGCAGAAAACACUACAAACAAUGAUGAUCCAGAUUGGAAAUGGACUUGGUGGAUUAUUUUUCUUUAUGCCGCUCUUGUUGCAUGGUGUAUGUUAAUCCCAUUGUCAUGCUUUCCAAACAAUAUGCCAGGCUCAACACAGAUAAGAGCUGGGAAACGUAAACGGCUUCAUUUGUUUGACAAAAAACAUAAAGAUCUGGAACUUGGAAUUCGUAUCAAGGAUUUAUUUGCUGGCCUUUGGAUUCUGAUGAAGAAUCCAGUGCUUAUAUGCCUAGCUCUAUCGAAAGCGUCAGAAUCUUUGGUUAUGAUGGGAGCUUCUGAAUUUUUGCCUAAAUAUUUAGAAAAUCAGUUUAUAUUAACACCCACUAUGGCAACUGCACUUGCAGGACUUGUUUUACUUCCAGGAGGUGCACUUGGCCAUCUUCUGGGAGGUGUCAUUGUUUCCACAUUACAAAUGUCUUACAAAGCCCUUAUGAGAUUUAUAAUGGUUACGUCUGUGGUAUCACUUAUACUCCUUAUGUUUAUUGUUUCUGUACGCUGUAAUCCAGUGCAGUUUGCUGGGAUCAGUGAAGAUUAUGAUGGAACAGGGCAGUUGGGAAACCUCACAGCUCCUUGCAACGAAAACUGUAGAUGCUCAUCUUCAAUUUAUUCUUCUAUAUGUGGAAGAGAUGAUAUUGAAUAUUUUUCUCCCUGCUUUGCAGGCUGUACAUAUUCUAAAACACUAAACCAAAAAAAGGCUUACUACAAUUGUUCUUGCAUUAAAGAAGGGUUAACAACUGAAGAUGGUGAAGGUGAUUUUAUUGAUGCUAGACCUGGGAAAUGUGAUGCAAAGUGCAACAAAUUACCUUUGUUCCUUGCUUUUAUUUUUUCUACACUUGUAUUUUCUUCUUUUUGUAGUGUACCAAUCAUCUUGGCCAUCAUUCGAGUUGUACCUGAAACACUGCGUUCUCUGGCCUUGGGUGUAAGCUAUGUGAUUUUGAGAAUAUUUGGGACAAUUCCUGGACCAUUACUCUUUAAAACAUCAGGAGAAAGUUCCUGUAUUUUUCGAGACACUAAUAAAUGUGGACACACAGGACAAUGUUGGAUAUAUAACCAGACAAAAAUGGCUUACCUAUUGGUAGGAAUAUGUUUUCUUUGCAAAUUAUGCACUAUCAUCUUCACUACUAUUGCAUUUUUCAUAUACAAACAUCGUGUAAAGGACAGCACUGACAUCCCAGAUAUAACUGUGAAGAAUCCAAAAGUUAAGAAAAGAAAAACUGACUUGUAA